AUGCUUCGAAGCAACAGGAUCAUAUUUAAUAUAUGUCAACGAAGUAGUUUAAAAUUUAUUGGUGGAAAUCGUGUAACUGUUGUUAUAAAGAAGAAAGAAGUUGAGGCAGUUAUUGCCGCAGCAGGAAGUUAU